UCUUGAAACUGCGAAGUUGGGAUGUUUCAGCUCUGAUCACCUAAGACACCACUUCAGUUCUGUUUGUCAUUCUGAGGCUUCUACUUCUCCUGCAGCCCAGAGAUGGAGUCACUAAUUGGAGUAAAACUGGGCUGCCUGUUUGGCUUGUUCACUCUCACCCUGGUCUGUGGACUGAGUCCCAUCUUCUCCAAAUGGUUCAAGAUUGAUGCAGCUACAGGUUGCCAUCUGCGAGUCCUCAACCUCCUGGGCUGUGCUUCUGCUGGUAUUUUCCUGGGAGCAGGUUUUAUGCACAUGACUGCUGAAGCCCUGGAGGGAAUUGAGUCAGAGAUCCAGAAGUUCUUUGGGCAGAACAGAACGGAAAGCAAGCGAAAUCCUUCUAGUGAUGCUGGCUCAGCCUUUGUGGAAUAUCCUUAUGGAGAACUCAUCAUCUCCCUGGGCUUUUUCCUUAUCUUCCUUUUGGAGUCACUGGCAUUGCAGUGCUGUGCUGGGGCUACUGGACAAUCAACAGUGCAGGAGGAGGACUCAGGUGGGAAUCCUGUCUUUGAUUUCCACAGCCAUGCAUCUCUACACUCACGUAAACAAAGUCCCUUUCGAGACUUUGUGCUCUUGUUGUCACUCUCUUUUCACUCAGUGUUUGAAGGGCUUGCUGUGGGGCUCCAGCCAACCAUAGCAGCUACCAUACAGCUCUGUCUUGCUGUCCUGGCUCAUAAGGGGCUUGUAGUGUUUGGUGUGGCGCUGCGACUGGUAAAGAUAGGCACUGGAUCUCGAUGGGCCAUAUCCUCCAUACUGUCAUUAGCUUUCAUGUCCCCCUUGGGCCUAGCCCUAGGGAUGACCAUGGCUGCCAGAAACUCUGAAGGGUGGAAGGGCUUAGUCCAGGCCAUCUUAGAGGGUCUUGCAGCUGGCACAUUCCUGUAUGUGACAUUUCUGGAAAUUCUGCCCCGUGAGCUAAGUAACUAUGAGGCCCCUCUGGCUAAAUGGGGCUGUGUAGCUGCUGGUUUCACCUUCAUGGCCUUUAUUGCCUUAUGGGCCUAAGUGACUCCUGAUGUUUCUGAUCUAUCUACUGGGAAGGAACUCUCCAUACCCACAAGGGACACCUCCCGAGAGGCAUUAGCCCUCAGACAUUUUUGCACUAAGACAAUGACAUUCAUGAGUCAUCCUGUCCAUGGU